AUGGCUGAACGUGAGUAUGGUCCCGUGGUGGGGAGCAACCAGAGUAUAGGGGCUUUCUGGCAGAGGAUCGAGACCUUUUUCCACGAGUACAAAGACUUCCAUUCCACCCGCAACAAGAAGUCUCUGCAGGGGAGGUGGACCUUCAUCAACGGGAUGGUGCAGAGGUUCUGCGGCCAUUAUGCUAAGGCCGUCCGUAAUAGGAGGAGUGGGAUGACCGAGCCAGACACGAUUGCGGCGGCAUGUCAGAUGUUCCAAUCCGUGGAAAAGAAGGAGUUCACGUUGCUGCCUUGUUGGGUGGAGUUGCGGCAUCAUCCGAAGUGGCAACCCGAGGCCUCCCGCAAGAUGCAGAAGACGUCCGCCGUUGGUAGCCCCGCAUCUAUGCAGCACGUCGAGUCUUGUCCCGGGGUGAACGAACCCGACGGUGCAGCCGCAGGGCCUUCCAGUGGCGGCACACGGCCGAAACGACCACCAGGCCACAACCGCUCCAAGGAGGUAGCUUGCGGUUCUUCGUCCUCAAACUCAGCAUCUGGGCCGAUGAUUGAGAUUUUUGACCGCCAGAUAGCCAUGAAGGAGAAGGUUGAGAAGGAGAGGGCUGAGAGAUUUGCUAAGAUGAUGAGAAUAGAGCAGCAGAGGCUGAGGCUAGAGGAGGAGCGUGUACAAUUGGAAAAGGUUAAUGAGGAGAGGGAAAAGGUAAAGGAGGAGAGGGAGAUAAUGAACAUGGACCUUUCGCAGAUGGAUGAGGACCAGCAGGCCUACUACAAGAGCCUUCGGCAAAGCACUAUUGCUGCUCGCCAUGCUGCAUCUAGCCCAUCCGGCUAA